CAUGUUUUUUGUAGAUGUGGGAUAUUGUAUCAAUCUUCAGACAUAUAAUAUUUCGAUGGAUAGAUUAUAAUAAAUAUUACACUGAACGAAUCCCAUUAAAAUACAACUCUGAUGAAAAUGAACAUGAGGAAAAUAUAACUGAUUCAUCGACCAAAUCAUACGAUUCAAAUUUUACUUAUCUUUUCUCUGAAUAUUCCUCAGAAUAUAAUUAUGUCAGGAAAACCGUCAUAAGUGAGUUUUUCAUGGAUUACCUCUUUUUGGUCUUUAUUGGUUGGAUUUUAUUAGAAGUAACAGUAAACAUCGACCUUAAGAAAUCAACAUUUAUGCAUGCUCCAUACAGAAUUUAUUCCUGGCUGAUAGUUUACUAUACAAAUAUUGCUUUCAUGUUCAUAUUUGUUAAUGAUUUUUCAUGGAGACAUCUUAUACUACAAACCAAGAGCAGCCAUUUUUCCGAGGAAAUUUAUCCAACAUUUGAAGGAUAUAUUUACUUACUGGUGACAGCAAUAGAAGUUUUUAUUGUCCAAUCGUUUUACUAUCAACAAAAAACUGCGGCAAUGAGUAAUAUAAUUCAACUGAAAUGGCAGUAUGUCUCAAAAGGAAAAGUGGUUUCCAAAGGUUUAGAUUAUCCAUCGUCGUCUACAUUUUAUGAUGAGAUAUCUAAUCAGAACUUCGAUGGAUCAAAUAAAAAAAUACCUUAUGUGAUCGACGUUAAACAAGAUAUGCUAUAAAAAAAAUGUUGAUCUCAUUUAAAAAUUAAGAAGUUAAUUAUGUGAAAUUUUUAUUUAUAUACAUUAUUAUUAUGUUUAAAAGAAAUUUCAUAAAAAAUUACUUAACAUAAGCUUGACAUAAUUAAAAAUUUCAAAUGAACAAAAAAUUGCAAUUUU